AUGCCAGCCAAGAGAAUUCUUAUUCUGACAGGAGACUAUGUAGAAGAUUAUGAAGUGAUGGUCCCUUAUCAAGCUUUAAGAAUGGUUGGACAUCAUGUUGAUGCUGUAUGCCCAGAUAAGCUUGCAGGCCAAUCUGUGAGAACUGCAGUUCAUGACUUUGAAGGAGCUCAAACUUAUUCUGAAAAGCCAGGCCAUAAUUUCGAACUCAAUGCUACUUUUGCAGAUAUUCAAGAAUCUUCUUAUGACGCUCUAGUAGUUCCAGGUGGGCGUGCUCCUGAAUAUAUAAGGCUGAACCCUAGGGUAAUAGAAAUUGUUCGCCACUUUGCUACCAACAAUAAACCUAUUGCGGUAAUCUGUCAUGGCAUCCAAAUUCUAACAGCCGCAAAUGUAUUGUCAGGAAGAAGUGUGACUGCAUACUAUGCAUGUGAGCCUGAAGUUACUAAUGCAGGUGGGCAUUAUGUUAAGAAAGGUGUCACUGAAGCACUAGUUGAUGGUAACUUAGUUACUGCUGUGGCUUGGCCUGGACAUCCUGCUUGGCUAGCAGAAUUCUUGAAACUUCUUGGGACGACAAUUACCCUUUAA